AUGGAUUCCAAUCGAGCCGUAGCCGAUGAUGUUGAGAGUAUAGUGCCUGCUCCCGCGCAAGGGACAGAGCUGCCUCCUAUUGAUAAAAUCAGAAAACACGGGGCUGAAGAGUUCAGAGCUAUUGAUGAUGAUGAUGCUGAGCGAGCUGAAUUCUGGCUCGAUAAUACUAUUCAAGUGUUUGAUAAAUUAUCUUGCACCCCUGAUGAGUGCUUAAAGUGUGCCAUAUCUUUGCUUCGGGACACUGCAUAUCACUGGUGGAAUACAUUGGUAUCGGUGGUUCCGAAAGAGCAAGUGUCCUGGGAAUUCUUUCAGAGUGAGUUCCGUAAUAAAUACAUCAGCCAGAGAUUUAUCGAUCAGAAAUGCAAAGAAUUUCUUGAAUUGAAACAGGGUAGGAUUACAGUGACAGAGUAUGAGCGGAAAUUUAUAAAAGAGUUUGUGGUACUUGUUGAGCGAGCUUGCAAAGCUGAAGAGCUCGGGAAAGAGAAGAGAAAAGCUAACUUUGAAGCUAGAGAUUUUCGUAAAAGAUCAUUCAGUAAGUCAUUCCAGUCGACCUCAAAGAAGUUUAAAGAUGAUACUAGCCGUUCAAAGGCUACUGCGGGGUAUUCACGAUGGGAUAGAGAUAGACCACCUAUGAGUUCGAGAGCUACUUCAGUAGCGAGUGUGGGUAAUGUUAGAUCAAACCAACCUGAGUGUGAACAUUGUGGUAAACGACAUCCUGACAGUUGUAGAUUGCUUGAUAGAGCCUGCUUUAAAUGGAAAUUGAAGGAUAAUUAUAUUUGUGAGUGCCCAGAGUUGGCGAAUCAAAAUCUGGUACAGAAUACGAGAUCGGGUAACACUGCAACUAGAGGUAAACCCCCCAGAAACACGAGUAACAUGAGCGGAAGUCAGAGCGGUACUAAAGAUACAGCUGUUAGAUUUGAGGCUCGCGCACCUGCCAAAGCCUAUGCCAUACGCUCACGAGAGGAGGCCUCAUCCCUAGAUUUUAUUACUGGUACUUUCACUCUCCAUGAUACUAAUUUAUUGCAUUGA